CCCUCCCUUCCUCUCUUUUUCACCUGUCAGUUUUCACUCCCAAUAUCACUCUCAUUCACUAAUUCACUUGCAUAACAAUACACUCUCUCUCUCUCUCUCUCUCUCUAGGAAUGAUCUACGAAAUCCACAAAGUUGUACCUUGUAUCUGAUCACAAGAACCAACAACAAAAUAAAGAAACAGCCAGCCACUUCGAAAUUCAAUCCCUCGCAGAUAUGUCUCCGUACGAUUCCGCCACGUCAGCUGGCAGCAGCAGUGGCAGCAGUUCCGCCUCCUCCUCCACCAAACCCGCCGAUAUCGAUGGCCUCCUCGCCGGCGCCGGCUACAAGGUCCGCGCCUCCGAUCUUCGCCACGUGGCUCAACGACUCGAGCGCCUCGAAACUGCCAUGGUCAACUCCCCCGUCGAGCUCUCCCAGCUCGCUUCUUCCGAUACCGUUCACUACAACCCCUCCGAUAUCGCCUCCUGGGUCGACUCGCUCCUCUCCGAGUUCAACCACACCCCGUCUCUACCGUCCGAUCUCCCAGAUCUUCCAGACAUCGUCGUGGGCCCAGGGAUCAAUCCAACGGUAAAAAACGAAGCGGAUGCCACGUGGACGGACAACGAUGCGCCUCCACAGCAGCAGCAGAAUAUGCAGAGUUUAACAAUCCCGCCGAAUCAGUUGACGGUUGUAACGGCGAUGGAAGAAGAUUCGGGUAUAAGGCUGGUGCAUUUGCUGAUGACGUGUGCGGAAUCAGUGCAACGUGGCGAGUUCUCAUUGGCUGGUUCUCUGAUCGAUGAAAUGCAGUCCUUGCUCAGACGUGUCAACACCACCUGUGGCAUUGGGAAGGUCGCCGGUUACUUCAUCGAAGCACUCAGCCGCCGCAUCUUCACGCCGCAAGCCAGCAGCUUAUUCGGCGGCUCCGUCUCCGGCUCGGCUUCGGCUUACGAGAACGAGCUUCUCUACCAUCAUUUUUACGAGGCGUGUCCGUACCUGAAAUUCGCUCACUUCACCGCCAACCAAGCCAUAUUAGAAGCAUUCGACGGCCACGAUUGCGUCCACGUCAUCGAUUUCAACCUAAUGCACGGUCUGCAAUGGCCGGCUUUGAUUCAAGCUUUGGCGUUACGGCCCGGCGGGCCUCCUCUGCUACGGCUAACCGGCAUUGGCCCUCCGUCACCGGACGGACGAGACUCGCUCCGAGAAAUCGGGUUACGACUCGCCGAGUUAGCUCGCUCGGUCAACGUCCGGUUCGCUUUUCGAGGCGUGGCGGCUCAGCGGCUCGAAGACGUGAAGCCGUGGAUGCUGCAAGUGAAUUCCAAAGAAGCGGUGGCUGUAAACUCAAUCAUGCAGCUCCAUCGACUUCUAGGAUCCGACCCGAACAGAAGCCCGCCCAUCGAAAUCGUUCUCGGGUGGAUCAGACAAUUGAACCCGAAAAUCAUGACAGUAAUUGAGCACGAAGCGAACCAUAACCAACCCGGGUUCAUGGACCGGUUCACGGAAUCCCUAUACUACUACUCAACCAUGUUCGACUCACUCGAAGCCUGUACUCUCCAGCCAGAGAAAGCCCUAGCCGAAAUCUACAUACAGAGAGAAAUAUGCAACGUGGUGAGCUGCGAAGGCUCGGCUCGAUUUGAGCGGCACGAGCCGUUAGCGAAGUGGAGAAGCCGGCUCGGACAAGCCGGAUUUAGUCCGUCACAUCUGGGAUCCAAUGCGUUCAAACAAGCGAGGAUGCUUUUGACUCUGUUUUCAGCUGAAGGGUACUGUGUAGAAGAGAACGAAGGUUGCUUGACUCUCGGCUGGCAUAGCCGACCUCUCAUAUCGGCUUCGGCUUGGCAAGCCGUACCAGACGCCAACUCCCCACUCGGGAUAGUAAAUCAUCAUCAUAACAAUCAUAACGCGCUGUAAAUUUGUACUCCGUUCCUUUCUAAUCUGUCACUUUUUCAUGUUUCUUUUCUUUUUUACCGUUAUGGGAUUUUUACUUUAGGUAAAAUGCCUUUCUUUUU